AUGGCUAUUAUCACUAACUGGUUUUCUGGAACAAUUGAAGCUCUUUCUUUCAAGGUUUUUACUGGCAUCGCCUGUUCUGUAUAUGAGAAAUUCAUGAAAAUUAUGGAGAGAAUUUUCUUAGCUGUAUUCAUUUUUGUUCUAGCACUAGGAGGUUCAAUAAUAGGAACAAUAGGAGGAGCUAUCAAAGGACAAACCACAGAAACUGGUUUUCUUGAUGGAGCUUGCAGAGGAGCAAUUGCAGGAGCCAUUGCUGCUAUAGAGUUUGUGAGUUUUGCUUCUGUUGGUCAGUCUUUUUCCAAGGUAGCUUUGUUGACAAGUUUAUUAAAUGGAAAAGUGUUUAUGGAAUGGAUAUGUCCAACUGUUGCACAAGCUUAUAUAUUUAUGACACCAUGGGAGUUACAGGGAUGUCACAAACUUGUAUUAUCAAACUUCCAUUUCAUAAAUUCAGCUCCUCCAACAAAAUGA